GCAGCAGGAGAGAGGGCAUGUGUGUGUGUGCGCGCGGUGCCCAGCGGAGGAAUAUUUGAGGCUUUUUUUAUUUACUCUGCAGCUUGUUGUUCAUUUUCUCUGCGUUAUGGUGAACUUGGACAGUCACGUGUGAAGGUCUGCGCGAGUGUAGAGGACGACGACUUCUCGCCCGGCGCGUCCCUUUGACUUCACCGUGAGGGAAAUAUACCUGCCAUUUUUUUUCCUGAUAGCUGACAUCGCUGGGUUCCUUCCACUCCUGUGACGGACAACAACAGCAAGUUCUCUCCCUAAGGGAUGAAAUAUGCGCACUCUGCGCCCGUAGAAAAAGGCAGACGACAGACACUGUAUAGUCCAAAGUGGUUUUAAAUCAUGAUGAUGCAGGAGUCGGCCACAGAGACAAUAAGCAACAGUUCAAUGAGUCAAAAUGGAAUGAGCACCCUAAGCAGCAGCCAAUUAGAGGCUGGCAGUAGAGAUGGGAGAUCAAGCGCUGGUGACACGAGCAGCGAAGUAAGCACAGUCGAGCUGCUGCAUCUGCAACAACAGCAGGCCCUACAAGCGGCGAGGCAAUUACUCUUGCAGCAGCCAGGCAGUGGCCUGAAAUCUCCAAAGAGCCAGGACAAGCAGCGUCCACUGCAGGUUCCAGUGUCAGUGGCCAUGAUGAGUCCCCAGGUGAUCACGCCACAACAGAUGCAGCAGAUCCUCCAGCAGCAGGUUCUUUCCCCCCAGCAGCUCCAGGCCCUGCUCCAGCAGCAGCAGGCUGUGAUGCUGCAGCAGCAACACCUGCAGGAGUUUUAUAAGAAACAACAGGAGCAGCUUCAUCUGCAGCUUCUCCAGCAGCAGCACCCCGGCAAGCAGGUUAAAGAGCAACAGCAACAGCAACAGCAGCAGCAGCAGCUGGCCGCCCAGCAGCUCGUCUUCCAGCAGCAGCUCCUGCAGAUGCAGCAGCUCCAGCAGCAGCAGCACCUGCUCAACAUGCAGCGGCAGGGCCUGCUCUCGCUGCCCGGGCCCGCGCCCGGCCAAGCCGCCCUGCCCGGACAGACCCUGCCCCCGCCAGCUGGCCUCAGCCCGGCAGAGCUCCAGCAGUUGUGGAAGGAUGUCACCGGAGGCGGCGGUCACGGCAUGGAGGACAACGGCAUCAAACACGGCAGCAGCGGCACUGGCACCGGCGGGGGCGGCGGCGGUCUAGACCUCUCCACCAACAACUCUUCUUCAACUACCUCCUCCUCCAAUCCCGCCAAAGCGUCGCCACCCAUCUCUCACCAUUCCAUCGCCAACGGACAGUCCCCCGUCCUCAACCACAGACGAGAGAGGGAGAGGGAACGGGAAAGGGAGCGAGAGAGUUCGCUACAUGAAGAAAGCGGAGGCAGCCACCCCCUGUACGGUCACGGCGUGUGCAAGUGGCCCGGCUGUGAGAACAUCUGCGAGGACUUUGGACAGUUUUUGAAGCACCUAAACAGUGAACAUGCCCUCGACGAUCGGAGCACAGCCCAGUGUCGAGUCCAGAUGCAAGUCGUACAGCAGCUGGAAAUACAACUUUCUAAAGAACGUGAGCGUCUUCAGGCGAUGAUGGCCCACUUGCACAUGCGGCCCUCGGAACCCAAGUCAUCUCCCAAACCACUCAACUUGGUGUCCAGCGUCACCAUGUCCAAGAACUUGCCCUCAGCAUCGCCCCCCAAUUUACCUCAGACACCCACCACGCCCACGGCGCCGAUCACGCCCAUGGCCGCCAUGCCCCAGGUGCCGUCAGUACUGGGAGGAGCCAACGUCCCCAGCAUGGGAGCCAUGCGCAGACGCCACUCGGACAAAUACUCCAUGCCCCUGUCGUCAGGUGGUGACACAGUAUUUAUUUUUCCAGAGAUCGCCCCAAACUACGAGUUUUAUAAGAACGCAGAUGUCAGACCGCCAUUUACUUAUGCAACCCUCAUAAGACAGGCUAUCAUGGACUCUGCCGACAUGCAGUUAACGCUUAAUGAAAUCUACAGCUGGUUCACACGCACGUUCGCCUACUUCAGACGCAAUGCUGCAACCUGGAAGAACGCCGUUCGCCACAACCUCAGCCUGCACAAGUGCUUUGUGCGCGUGGAGAACGUGAAGGGGGCGGUGUGGACGGUGGAUGAGGUGGAGUACCAGAAACGCAGGUCGCAGAAGAUCACAGGAAGCCCAUCACUUGUCAAGAACCUGCCCUCCAGUCUUGGCUAUGGAACUGCACUAAACGCCAGCUUACAGGCUGCCCUGGCAGAGACCUCCCUGCCUUUGCUGGGGACCCCCGGCCUCAUGAACAGCGGCUCCACGGGCCCGAUGGGAGGCAGCUGCCACGGCCUCCUGGGCGGAGACCCGUCCGGCCUGAUGGGCGGGAGUCCGCCCGGCCUGUUGGGUGGGAGCCCGCCGGGGCUGCUGGGCGGCAGCCCCCCAGGUACGCUGAGCGGCAGCCCCCCGAACCUGACGCAGUCCGCCCACGAGGAGCUCAACGGCUCGCUCGACCACCUGGACACCAACGGACACAGCAGCCCCGGAUACUCCCCACCAGUACACAUGCCACCCAUUCACGUGAAGGAGGAGCCACUCAACAUGGAUGACGACGACUGUCCGAUGUCACUGGUGACGACAGCCAAUCACAGUCCAGAGCUGGACGACGACCGGGAGCUGGAGGAAGGGAACUUAUCAGAAGACCUGGAGUGACUAGGAUACGGCUUUUGGUCGACGUAUCCCUUCACCCUUCAGCCGCACUGUUUCUCUCACACAGACCUCCUGCAAGACUAGAAACCACUCCACAGUCCAAGCAACCACAGCUGACUCUCUCUUUGUCUCUCUCACCACUGGGACUAUUUAUUGAGCAUGCAUCCGGAUGGAGACCGGUCCAAAGGAACUCUUUGUUGCAGCCCUUUGGGAUCCCCAAACACGACAGGCAUGAGAUGCCUGAUUUAAAAAAAAAAAAAUUAACUCUUUGAGACCUAUUUCAUUGGAGAUGGCGUGGCCACAUACAGUACAAGGAUGAUGGACUCACGGAUGGGGGAAAAAAACAUGAAACAUACGAGCAAAUCAUGUUCCGUUGAAAGCUAGCGGCCUCAUAUACUGCCAAAAAGGAAGACGUUUUAUGUUUGUGAAUAAUCCAACCCCCAGUAGUUGUUAAUGUCUAGAGACAAUUGCUGGUUCAAUUCAAGUUGUUGCUCUGUUAUCAUUUGCACAGGAGUAGUCUCAGAAAUUUGUGUCACUGCCUGUAUGUUGCUACUAUUAUGAAAACCAGUAUAUUAUUUUUUAGCUUUUUAUUUGAUUUUUAUUUGAUUUUGUUUUUUUAACCAUCGUUAAUUCAAAACAUUUUAGACACCACCAACUGUAAAUGCCAUUCCCUGAAUCACACCAGUAACGGAACUACGGUACCAAAACUGUUGUUGCAGCUGUCCAGAAAAAAAAGAGAGAAAAAAAAAGAAAAAAGUUGGCUUCCAGUCUAUUAUCUGUUUGUGAUUAAAAGUAAAAAAAAAAAAAAAAAA